GCAGAUUUUUAAGUCAGAAUGCUGACCUGCUCCCUCAUACUUCAGAAGGACUGUGAAUCCAGUUGGUAUUUCUCACUUUUCUCCUUAGGAGCCUCACUGAAAGCCUCUGCCUUUGACAGAUUUGUCUGUUGCUGGGAUCCUGUUCCACUCCUGACCCUUGGACGCAGCCGACAAUCUCUCAUUAACUCUGGAGGGAGUCUGUGUGUUUGUAGCCAGGAACAGAAUUGGGGUUUUUGUGGUUUGCAGGGAUUAGAAGGUUAGGGUCCUCUUAGGUACGGGCAGCCUUUGGUCGGACCCCUCCUCGCUGAGCAGGUCGCUGGUUUCCCCUUUGGUUUCCUGCUGGGCUGGGGCAAAAUGCUGUCUCUGCCUUAUAUUGCUUAUGUGUAUUUCUCCCCUCUCCCCUGGAAUUAACAAAUUUCAAAGUUCAAAAGGGACCCUAAGAUCGUCUAGUUCUGUAGUUUUAAUCUUUAGCGUUGAUGACGCCCUUGGGAAGAUAGAUUAGGCAUGGCCCUCUUCCCAGGAAAUUGUGUCCUUGUACAGAACCAUGGCAUGUGGUUCGUGGGUCCCUGGAACACUUUCACGGACUCCACGUGAGAAGUUCUGGUCUGGUCCCUUCCUCCCUUCUCCCAUUUUGCAGACGGAGGCUGGCCUGGCGUCUUCUCCUAUUUAGCUGUCUUUAUUCUCUUGCCUUGCCUUCUUGCUCGGCUUCUGUUUCCUCAGCCCCAGACCGAGCCCGCAGGUAGCGGUGGGUCAGGAGAGGAGAUGGGCUUUACCAGUGUGGAACAGGAUUCGCUGCACUUGAGAACUCCUAUUGCAUCCCCCAAACACACAUCCUAGAGCACCUGAAACCAGCGUGCACCCGAGUUCUCUGGAGGGCUCCUUAAACCACGGAUGGCCAGGCUGUCCUCUAGAGUUUCUGAUUUGUAGCUCUGGUGUAGGGCCUGAGAAUGUGCAUUUCUUAAAAUUCCCAGGCGGUGCCACUGGGGCUAGUGUGGGGACUACUCUUUGGGAUCCAUUGUCCCAGGGGGUCUCAGCCACAGGUAGGUAACUUAGGCUGGUCCAACGAGGGGCUGGUGUCCUUUCUGGCUCCCAAAGGCUGGCUACGUAUUGGCUGGACUGUGUUGAUCAUCUACCAUGUUUUCUUGUUCUAGCCCAGUGAUUCUUCAGGAGGCUGGUACCACCCCUCUAUCCUGGCUCCACAGAGAGAACAGCCCAGAAAAGAAAGUUCCCCAGCCCUCCGCAUUCUUCCAAUGGCCACUCGCCACAGGACACAUCCACAAGCCCCAUUAAAAAGAAAAAGAAACCCGGCUUACUGAACAAUAACAAUAAGGAGCAGUCAGAACUAAGACAUGGUCCGUUUUACUAUAUGAAGCAGCCACUCACCACAGACCCUGUUGAUGUUGUACCGCAGGAUGGACGGAAUGAUUUCUACUGCUGGGUUUGUCACCGGGAAGGCCAAGUCCUUUGCUGUGAGCUCUGUCCCCGGGUUUAUCACGCUAAGUGUCUGAGACUGACAUCGGAACCAGAGGGGGACUGGUUUUGUCCUGAAUGUGAGAAGAUUACAGUAGCAGAAUGCAUCGAGACUCAGAGUAAGGCCAUGACAAUGCUCACCAUCGAACAGUUAUCCUACCUGCUCAAGUUUGCCAUUCAGAAAAUGAAACAGCCAGGGACAGAUGCAUUCCAGAAGCCUGUUCCAUUGGAACAGCAUCCUGACUAUGCGGAAUACAUCUUCCAUCCUAUGGACCUUUGUACAUUGGAAAAGAAUGCUAAAAAGAAAAUGUAUGGAUGCACAGAAGCUUUCCUGGCCGAUGCAAAGUGGAUUUUGCACAACUGCAUCAUUUAUAAUGGAGGAAAUCACAAAUUGACGCAGAUAGCAAAAGUAGUCAUCAAAAUCUGUGAGCAUGAGAUGAAUGAAAUUGAAGUAUGUCCAGAGUGUUACCUAGCUGCUUGCCAAAAACGAGAUAACUGGUUUUGUGAGCCUUGUAGCAAUCCACAUCCUUUGGUCUGGGCAAAACUGAAGGGGUUUCCAUUCUGGCCUGCAAAAGCUCUGCGGGAUAAAGAUGGGCAGGUUGAUGCUCGUUUCUUUGGACAACAUGACAGGGCCUGGGUUCCAAUAAAUAAUUGCUACCUCAUGUCUAAAGAAAUUCCUUUUUCUGUGAAAAAGACAAAAAGCAUCUUCAACAGUGCAAUGCAGGAGAUGGAAGUGUACGUGGAGAACAUCCGCAGGAAGUUUGGGGUUUUUAAUUAUUCUCCCUUCAGGACACCCUACACGCCUAACAGCCAGUACCAAAUGCUGCUCGACCCCAGCAACCCCAGUGCCGGUGCUGCCAAGAUAGACAAGCAGGAGAAGGUCAAGCUCAACUUUGACAUGACGGCGUCCCCCAAGAUCCUGAUGAGCAAGCCCAUGCUGAGUGGGGGCGCAGGCCGUAGGAUCUCCUUGUCCGAUAUGCCCCGGUCCCCCAUGAGUACAAACUCUUCUGUGCACACGGGUUCCGACGUGGAGCAGGAUGCUGAGAAGAAGGCCACCUCGAGCCACUUCAGUGCCAGUGAGGAGUCCAUGGAUUUCCUGGACAAGAGCACAGCUUCACCAGCCUCUGCAAAGACGGGACAAGCAGGGAGUUUAUCCGGCAGCCCGAAAACUUUCUCUCCUCAAGCGUCAACACCCAUCACGACGAAAACAGACAAAACGUCCACCACUGGAAGCAUCCUGAAUCUUAACUUGGAUCGGAGCAAGGCCGAGAUGGACCUGAAGGAGCUGAGCGAGUCGGUCCAGCAGCAGACGGCGCCUGUUCCUCUCAUCUCGCCUAAGCGGCAGAUCCGCAGCAGGUUCCAGCUAAAUCUCGACAAGACCAUAGAGAGUUGCAAAGCACAAUUAGGCAUAAACGAAAUCUCAGAAGAUGUUUACACGGCCGUAGAGCACAGUGAUUCGGAAGAUUCCGAGAAGUCUGAUAGUAGCGAUAGUGAGUAUAUCAGUGACGAUGAGCAGAAGUCCAAGAAUGAGCCAGAAGACGCAGAAGACAAAGAGGGUAGUCGGAUGGACAAAGAGCCAUCGGCUGUCAAAAAAAAGCCCAAACUGGCCAACCCUGUGGAGACUAAGGAGGAGCUGAAAAGCACAUCACCAGCCAGCGAGAAAGCUGAUCCGGGCUCGGUCAAGGAAAAGGCAAGCCCCCAGCCUGAGAAGGACUUUUCAGAAAAAGCGAAAGCCUCCCCUCAUCCCACAAAGGAUAAACUGAAGGGGAAAGAUGAGACCGAUUCCCCAACAGUACAUUUGGGCCUGGACUCCGAUUCAGAAAGUGAACUUGUCAUAGAUUUAGGAGAAGACCAUUCUGGGCGGGAGGGUCGUAAAAAUAAGAAGGAACCCAAAGAAACAUCUCCCAAGCAGGAUGUUGUAGGUAAAGCUCCGCCAUCCACCACAGCGGGCAGCCAGUCCCCGCCUGAAACUCCGCUCCUCACCCGCUCCUCCUCCCAAACUCCCACGGCCGGUGUCACGGCCACCACCAGCACCACGUCCACCGUCACGGCCCCGGCCGCCGCUGCCGCCGCCACCGCCGCCGCUGCCACCACCACGGGAAGCCCGGUGAAAAAGCAGAGGCCGCUUUUACCGAAGGAGACUGCCCCGGCCGUGCAGCGGGUCGUGUGGAACUCGUCAAGUAAGUUUCAAACGUCUUCCCAAAAGUGGCACAUGCAGAAGAUACAGCGCCAGCAGCAGAACCAGCAGCAGAACCAGCAGCCUCAGUCUUCCCAGGGGACGAGAUAUCAGACCAGACAGGCUGUGAAAGCUGUGCAGCAGAAGGAGAUCACGCAGAGCCCAUCCACCUCCACCAUCACCCUGGUGACCAGCACUCAGUCGUCGCCCCUGGUCACCAGCUCAGGGUCCACGAGCACCCUUGCAUCCUCAGUCAGCGCAGACCUGCCCAUCGCCACCGCUUCCGCUGACGUCGCUGCGGACAUUGCCAAGUACACUAGCAAAAUGAUGGAUGCAAUAAAAGGAACGAUGACAGAGAUCUACAACGAUCUUUCUAAAAACACUACGGGAAGCACAAUAGCCGAGAUUCGCAGGCUGAGGAUCGAGAUCGACAAGCUGCAGUGGCUGCACCAGCAGGAGCUCUCUGAAAUGAAACACAACCUGGAGCUGACCAUGGCGGAGAUGCGGCAGAGCCUGGAGCAGGAGCGGGACCGGCUCAUUGCCGAGGUGAAGAAGCAGCUGGAGCUGGAGAAGCAGCAGGCGGUGGACGAGACCAAGAAGAAGCAGUGGUGUGCCAACUGCAAGAAGGAGGCCAUUUUCUACUGCUGUUGGAACACCAGCUAUUGUGACUACCCCUGCCAGCAGGCCCAUUGGCCCGAGCACAUGAAGUCCUGUACCCAGUCAGCUACGGCUCCUCAGCAGGAAGCGGAUGCCGAGGUGAGCACAGAAACACUAAACAAGUCAUCACAGGGGGGCUCUUCCAGCACACAGGCAGCCCCUCCGGAAACAGCCAGCACCUCGAAAGACAAGGAGACCUCGGCGGAGAAAAGCAAGGACAGCGGGUCGACCACUCCCAGAGCAGUAAGUCUGGUUGCUGGAGCAGCGGUGACGAGAAGCGAGGACCCGCACGCUCCGAGCACAACGCCAGUUCCGGUUCGAAGAGUCUCCUCCCGAAAGAGUCUCGGCUGGACGCCUUCUGGGACUAGGGACAAGUCACGACACAAGCCGCCCACGCCGUGGAGGAAAAAAAAACCAGACACCAGGGCAGUAGGGAGCAGCAAAGAAACGUGAGACUGGAGAGCGCCAGGCACGCAGACUUGGCCUUUGCCCUUGGCACACAGGGCAGCCCACACUACAUAGCGGCCCGCGCUGGCAUCGACUGCGGCCUGCUGGACCCACACGAAACCUACGCUUUAGGUGUAAAUGAUGUACAAUUUGUGGAUGUCCUUGAACCUAGAGUACCUUCCCCUUUUUAUAUUUGUAUUGACUUUAACUUAUAAAAAAAAAAAAAAAAGAAAAAAACAGAAAAAAAUAAACCCAGUAACGAAAAGAAUGUUUGGACGCUGGAGGGGGGCUGGUUGGUCGGCCCCUUCUGUCACGGCGGCAUGGAGCCCGGGCCCUGGGAUCGCUGUGGCCCGCAGGCCUCAUCCGUGCACGCCGCGGGGGGACGCGAGCCAUCGGUUCUCGGGCGUCUUUACGCAGCACAUCGGGACCAGGAGUUGUGGGCACAUCCCGUGGAGCCAUCGGCCCCUUUCAGAUACUACGUUCCUAUGUUAUACAAUGCAAGCUCUCUGGCCCGAAAGGCCACCUGGAGAAGCUAGUUUAUUUUGUGUGGUUUCAGUGAUGACUACUCCUAAAAGGGAAGAAAAAAGGCCCCUGUUUCCAGAAGACGGAAACAAGCUCCGCUCAGCUCCACCGCAGGAGAGGACAGAGGAAGCGUGAAGAGUCAUAAGCUCUGAAACAAAGAGAAAUCUUUUCUUUGCUUUGUGGUUCCUUUUAAACACACUCACACAUGCUUGGUAAGUGAUGCCGUGCUUCUUGGAAGCGAGCACUCAAAGGCAAGAUGCACGCAGAGGACAUUUGAGUCUGGGAUGAAGCAUGUAUGUAUUAUUUAUACGAUGGAAUUUUCAUUUUAGCAUGAAACAGAGGCAGUGUGAGAGGAAGCCAGACACCGGCCGCACUGUAGUACCAUUUUGUAUGUUGUGUAAAACAAAAAGCAUUGAACAAAGCAAAAGGUGAUGUAUGUAUAUGAGAAAAUUAAUUGUACGAUAUCAUUCCAGUACAUUCUGUUGUACAUUUUAGUCCUGUUUACUUUCUCUUCGUUGUUGAUAAGAGGAUGCGAACUGUGUACAGUUUCCAGCUAGUUACCCAUAUUAGAGAAGAACUACACAGAGAGAGUAUUAGAAGAAAAAGAGAGAAAGAACAUUUGUGAAUUGCAGUUGUCAAAAAAAAAAAAAUAGCCUAGCUGGCCUUAUUUGUGAAGCAUAAUUGCUUUUAGCACAUGGAAGUAUUUUUUCACAUUUUCUUUGUAUAAAAUUUGUAUUAAACUUAAAUAUCUUUUUUGA